AUUAUCUAAUCUCAUGAGUUCUGUUCACACAUUAUAUUACCUAAAUAAUACUCCAAAUAACUUCAUUUAUUAUGUUUUUGCUUCCUUGAUUAUCCAUUUCUUAAUGUCUUCCUUAUAGAAGCAAAGAACAAAGGAGUUCCUUCAAACCAAAUAUCCUAAAUUACUACAAUAUGUUAGGAUAUAGUUUGCUCUUUAAUUUCUUCUAUUGUCUUUCUAUUUCUCAUUCGACUCUCUUAUUCAAGAUUCCAUGGAAGAUCUUAACACAUAUGCAGCUGAUUGCGUCGUUGUAUCGUGUUGUUGCAACUGUCUUGUUCUCCAAAUCGCGAUCUUCAUCUUCCUUGGACUUCCUCAAAAGCUGGUCAAGAACACGAGAAAGUGCUACACAAAAUGGGGAAUAAACCGAAGAAGAAAAAGAAUGGGUCUCGGUUGUGAAUGUAAAGAAAAAAUCGGGGUUGAUUCGGAAUGGAUAAAAGAGAUUAUGAGUAUAGAGAUGGAAGGCUUUGGGUGUAUUGAAGAAGUUGAAAAAUCUCUGGAGGAGUUUUCAAAGAAUGGUGAGUUUUUGUUUGGGAGCUUCUGGGGACAAGAAAGAAUUCAAAAUUCUUCGUCAAUGUCAAGUUGUGUUAAUGACAACUUUGACUUAAGAUUUGUAAGUCGUUAUGAGAUAAUAGAAGAAAAUUUCUACUCAUUGGAUUAUAUAUUCACAACUUCACGUAUUGAAAUUAGUGGAAAUAAAAAUAUCCACUAGGUUGGGGUUUUGCUUGUUCCUAGAAAUCCAUGUUAUAUUAGCCAAUUUUUUAU